GCUUGGCACAGAAGUAGCGGGGUCAGGGCGAGGUCCCAGGGCCUCAGGCGUGACUCUCAGGAUCUCAGGCCCCAAAGGCGGUGUAUGGACUGGGGAGGCCCAGCGCUGGGGAUUCCCCAUCUCCGCAGGGUUUCUCUUCUCCCUCUCCCAACCUGUGUCGGGUCCUUCUUCCUGGAUACUCACCGGGCUGCCCCAGUUCUCACUCCCAUUGAGUGUCGGGUUUCUAGAGAAGCCAAUCAAUGUAGCCGCGGUCCCGGUUCUAAAGUUCCCACGCACCCACCGGGACUCCGAUUCUCCCCAGUCGCCGAGGAUGGUGUCAUGGCGCCCCGAACCCUGCUUCUGCUGCUCUCGGGGGCCCUGGUCCUGACCCAGACCUGGGCAGGCUUCCACUCCUUGAGGUAUUUCCACACCACCAUGUCCCGGCCCGGCCACGCGGAUCCCCGCUUCCUCUCCGUGGGCGACGUGGACGACACGCAGUGCGUGCGGCUCGACAGCGACGCCACGAGUCCCAGGAUGGAGCCGCGGGCGCCGUGGAUGGAGCAGGAGGGGCCGGAAUAUUGGGAAGAGGAGACAGGGACCGCCAAGGCCAAAGCACAGUUUUACCGAGUGAACCUGCGGACCCUGAGCGGCUACUACAACCAGAGUGAGGCCUGGUCUCACACCAUCUAGAGGAUGUCUGUCUGCGACGUGGGGUCGGACGGGCGCCUACUCCGCGGGUAUCACCAGCUCGCUUACGAUGGCAAGGAUUACAUCGUCCUGAACGAGGACCUGUGCUCCUUGACAGCCGCAGACACGGCGGCUCAGAUCACCCAGCUUAAGUGGGAGGCGGCCCGGGGGGUGGAGGAGGAACAUGCAGAGCUGCUCAAAACCUACCUGCCCGGAAGGUGGGCGGAGUGGCUCAGCAAAGGCCUUAAGAAUGAGAAGGAGAGGCUGCAAUGCGCAGAUCCCCUAAAGGCACAGGUAACCCACCACCCCAUCUCCAACCAUGAGGCCGUGCUGAGGUGCUGGGCCCUGGGCUUCUACCCUCUGGAGAUCACACUGACCCAGGAGUGGGAUGGGGAGGACCAAAUUCAGGAUGCAGAGUUUGUGGGGACCAGACUUGCACGGUACAGAACCUUCCAGAAGUGGGCAGCUGCAGUGGUGUCUUCUGGAGAGAAGCAGAGGUACACAUGCCAUGUGCAGCACGAGGGGUUGCCUGAGCCCCUCACACUAAGAUGGGAGCUGUCUUCCCAGCCCAUCAUCCCCGUUGUGGGCAUCAUUGCUGGCCUGGUUCUUCUAGUUGCUGUAUUCACUGUAGCUGUGGUCGCUGCUGUGAUGUGGAGGAAUAAGAUCCCAGAUGGAAAAGGAGGCAGCUAUGCUCAGGCUUCAUGUAAGAACAGUACCCAGGGCUCUGAUGUGUCUCUCAAGGCUUGUAAAAGUGACACCUUAGAGGGCCUGAAGUGAAAGAGGA